GUAUUUCUGUGACAAAAGGGAUCGCCAGGGUGACCUAUGUUCUCCAUUCAUUCCCCUAUUGCCUUUCAUCUUCUCUUCACUUUCCAACAUCGCCGUUCUUAUAUUCCUUACCCCGCCAAAAACCUUUCACCUCUCUGAGCUGUUUCUUUACUUUCACCAAACGAGUUAUAUUGUCAUUGACGACGUCGUUUAUCUGUAACGAUCUUUUUAGAGUUCGAUCAGCUCCUGUACUUCAACUUGGACCUGCGCAAGAACACCAUCUUUUACGCGUGCGAGAGACGCAUAAGAAAAUGGCCACGAAUCUUGACCUCGAGAUACUCGAGUCUCAAUCUCAGGAUUAUUCAAAGUACUCCUCUUUUUCGGUGGAUCAUGGACACGAUUCUUCAGAGCAGCUAGCUCCGAGAUUCGAAGACAGACUUAUCAACGAGGGCAUUCCUGUCGCCCAGCACUUGCCCACUUGGCUAAGGUAUGGGGAACGAGCAUUUUGGAUCCUCAUGCCUUCAUUUUUGCACCCCUCGCCAACCAAGGUCGCACCUAAACCUCUUCAUCCAUCGGCAUGGCUCGAUGGACUGCGUGGCAUAUCUGCUUUGUUUGUCGUCUGCCAUCACUGGAGUCUUGUUGUCAUGCCUGCCAACAUGCGACGUGGCUUCAUGACCGACGACUAUCCUAUGUUUCUUCAGCUUCCCAUAAUUCGAUUAACUGUUACGGGAUUUUCUGCCGUCUGCGUCUUUUUUGUUAUAUCUGGCUACGCACUUAGCUAUAAACCUGCAAAGCUCACGGCACAAACGAAAAACGUCGACUUUCUAACCACCGUGGCUUCCUCCGUAUUUCGACGAUACCUUCGACUUUUUCUCCCAACAAUGGCAACCACCCUUGUGGUGGCUUGUUUGGCAUACUUCAGACUUUUCGAGGUCGCCCCGGUGCCAAACCAGGCUGUUGUAUGGGCCAGACCACCUGUACUUGACACCUUCUUCGAUCAGAUGAAGAACUGGUGGUUGCAAUUCGGCUCAUUGUCAGACCCCCUUUCCAAUGACAUAAUACGAGGUGGUAGGUUUACCUACGACCCUGUACUUUGGACGAUCCCUGUUGAGUACGACGGAUCAAUGCUUGUGUUCCUGACACAGAUUGCCUUUUAUCGACUUCGUCCUAGGAUUCGAAUUUUCUUCAAUAUCCUGAUUGUGGCGUAUGCCAUUCACUUUCGCUACUGGCCAUAUUUUCUUUUCCUCUCUGGGCUUUGCAUCGCUACCCUUCACUUCCACGCUCAAGCUAAGGAUGAUGCGCAUGAGCCCGCAUCCCUGAUGCUACCAUUCACAUCAACUACAUUGACUCCAGGAAGUUUUAGAUCUUCAUUCUUCCUACCGGUGGCUCCAGGAAAAAACGAUGUCCGCAACAAGGCCAUACAAAUCGCUUCAUUUCUUGGUGCUCUCUGGCUUCUGUCAUACCCAGAAGCCACUGCUGCGAUUGCGCCAGGAUACAGGACUAUCUUCACUUUAACCCCCGCUUCAUAUGGUGUAGAAGACCAUCAUUUCUGGAUUCCUAUUGCUGCUGUCUGGCUUGUUUUCACUGUCGACAAAUCGCCAGUUAUUCAGCCGCUUUUUACAAAUCGUUAUAUUCAGUAUUUGGGCCGCAUUUCAUAUUCUAUCUACAUUGUUCACUUUAGCAUGAUAUGGCUAUACGGCAUACAUCUCAUCCGACUUUUUGCUUUGGUCACGGGAUCAACUUUCGAGGCGAACUCAGCAAGUGUAAGCUGGGCUGUCAGCGCUAUUUUGGCAACAAUUUUCUUUCUCCCUGUAACAAUAUGUCUGGCAGACUUUGUACAAAGAUAUGUAGAUGUUCAGUCUGUAAGAGUUUCAGCUUGGUUGGAAAGCAGGGUAGUUAGUAGGACAAGAUGAAGCUAGGUAAACUUGGUAGCGGACAUUCAACAUCGACCUAUAAUCAUUAAUCC